AUGGAGUAUGACCUCGACCAGGUCAAGGCCGCACAAAAGCAACAGAUGAUAGGCCUGGCGAUGAUGGGCUUUUUGCACAUUUACAUGAAAUACACGAACCCCUUGGUCAUACAAUCUAUCAUUCCCCUGAAAGGCGUAUUCGAAGGCAAUAUUGCCAAAGUUCAUCUGUUUGGAAAGCCCGCAGUAGGAGAACUCAAGCGCCCAUGGAAGACUGGUGGCGCAGGUUUUAUGGGCAUGGGAGGCGCUCAGGGUGAUGUCAAGACCGACAAGGCAUCAAUCGAAGCCGCUGAAAGAGCCGGCCGAGGCGGUGCUAAAGAAGAAUAG